AUGGCUGACGAAUUGCUGAAGAAGGAGAACGAGGAGCCCACGGAAGUGGUGGAGCUUUCGGACUGGGAACACUGCAAGGAAAACAUUGUUCCGCUUCGUAGGGGUCGCAACGCUCGCCAACUGGCCGCUGUCUGCUCGUUGGACGGUGCGGAGAGUGCCGUGGACGCGAGGAUCGAAGCGCAGAAAAAAGCUUGGGAGGACGAAAUCGCCAACUACUCUGGCGAAGAUCCUUUGGAUCUGUGGGCACGGUAUGUGGACUGGGCACAGCAGAGCCUGGUGGCAGAUGACAGCCGCCAGCAGCUCAUCUCCCUCAUCGAACGGUGCACCAAGGUGUUCUCGGGCGAGGCACUGCCGCGCUACCGUGAGGACCCCCGCCUGCUUCGCCUCUGGCUCGCCUACGUGUUUAACUACCUGAAGAGCAACAAGAUCGGCGAGAAGGAAGCCGUCUUCUACGAGCGAUGGGCCUCCGCCCUCGAGUUUCGAGGCAAUCAGGCCCUCUGCCAGAAGGUCUACGAAGCCGGCAUCCUCAAGGGAGCUCACCCCGUGGACUGGCUCAAGACCCGGCAAAAGGCAUUUCAGAAGCGUCUCAUCGAGAAGAUCAAGCCCACCGCUGCCCAAGGAGGGCUCUCAGCCUCUUCAUCUGCUUCAGCGCUCUCCUCGGCUCGUCGGCCAGCCCUCGCGCCUCUGUCCUCCUCCUCCUCUGCAGCUCGCGCCCCCAUGACCGGCCUCCGACCCUCGACCCAGGCUACCGGCAUGCAGGCCUCACGCACUUCGACGCUGGGCAUGGCCAGUGGUGGCGUGCGACUCGGGUCGAUCGCAUCGAGGCCCGUGACCUCGUCGACCUUUGCUUCGGCACCCAACGGCAAGACCGUCAAGUCAGAGAUCUACGUUGAUCCCUCGCACUCAGGAGACAACAAGAGCAACAAGAGCAGCGUUAACGUCAACACCAAAGAGGGCCAGCUUCCCCACGUGGCUUCGGCCGCACCCGCAGCCGGCCUCACCACCGAGGGCAAGUGGUGUACCCUGGCGCCCCUGCAGGAGCGCCAGAAGGAGAAUCGGCCUCUGCCUCAGAAGUGGAGCGAGACCACGCUGCCCCAGAAGACGAAGGCCAAGCCAUCUACAACGGAGAGCUUUUCCAUCUUCGUGGACGACGAGUUCCAGUAA